AUGCCCCCUCUUCGAGCGCACACCAAAUCUCGCAACGGGUGCGACCAAUGCAGAACUAGGCGGGUCAAAUGUGACGAGCAGGGUCCACCAUGUACCAAUUGCACAAAUCGCGGACUAGAGUGUACUUACUUGAAAGUCGCUGCCCGUACAAAUCGCACUCCACCUUCAACUUCCGAACGGUCGCACGGCCGUUCACCUGUCACAACCACCGGCCCGCCCCAGGCCAAUUCAUACGGCAUCGACAAUUUAGAAUUGAUGCACAAGUUCUCCACAGACACAUUUCAAAGUCUGUGUGUAAGCGACUCAGAGACUCAAAUCUGGCAAAUCACUAUCCCCCGACUAGCACUCAAGAAUGACUACCUUAUGAAUGGUAUCUUGGCGCUGGCUUCCAUGCACAUCGCCACAUCCGCCGAACCAGCAGAGACCCUGCUGUACAACGAUGCUGGGCUACAGUACUACAACCGUAGUCUGACCCCGUUCCGCAACGCGAUCGACAACAUCACGCCGCAAAAUUGCAACGCGGUUUUCGCGCAUUCCAUCGUUAUGAUCGCGAUCACCAUCGCGUCACCACGUCUUACUGCCACAAAAGACGACACCACGAGCAUUACUGAGAACAUAGUGACUCUUUUCGAGCUCCUUCAGGGUGUCAGGAAGAUUAUGCAAGUGAGUCAGUCGUGGAUCAAACUGGAGCUCUUUUCAAAGGGCGAGUUUUGGAAGAAAACGCCCGAGGAACUCGACCCCGACACGGAAUCGGCACUGGUGCAUCUGUCGGCGCUGAACGACGAAGUCAUGGUUGGAAUAUAUUCGGAACAACAUCGCAUUAACCGGGAGGUUAUUUCGCAUUUGCGGCACUGUUAUGCAAAGUUCGCACGCUCGCCAGACCCCGCGCCUGUGCUUGCUUGGCUCGCGCGGGUUGAAAAGGAGUUUGUCGAUAGCUUAAGAUGUCGGCAGCCGUUCUCUCUGCUCAUCUUGAUGUACUGGGGUGUUUUGUUGACGGAGCUGCACGGCAAGCGGUGGUGGGCGAAGAACUCGGGCAGAGCCCUGAUUGCUGAGCUGCUUGAUGCUCUGAGAUCGGGGGAUCCGAGGUGGGAAAGAGCACUUUCAUGGGUUGAACGGAAAAUGUCUUAA